AUGGCUUCCGAUCGUAGUUGGAUUAGUCGUAGUCGAUAUAAUGAGUCAAGAUAUUUAACGGUUGAAUACAAAAAUGGUGUUGAUGAUUUUAUUAAAUUUGCUUGUGAAAAUCUUCGCGGAGGAAGUGAUGGGCUUAUUAGGUGUCCGUGUGGAAAUUGUAAAAAUAAGCAUUACAAGGAUCCUAUUGCCGUUAAACUUGAUUUGUAUCGGUAUGGUAUAAUGCAAUGGUAUACCAUAUGGACGGCACAUGGGGAGAAAAUGCCGGAAGAAAAUAUCGGGACGAGUACUAGAAAUGUUGGUGAUGGGGAUGUUGAUAUGUAUUAUGACGCCGAUGAUAUGUUAAGGGAUAUUGGGGAGGCAAAUAGGUAUUGCGAGAAAAUGGAUGAUGAACCGAAUCCAGCGGCAAAAGAAUUUUAUAAGAUGCUGCACAGUGCUUCGGAACCAAUUUAUCCAAGCAAUGUCAACUAUACAACCUUUGAGUUCGUGAAUGAGUUACUUCAUUUCAAGAACAAGCAUAAUUGUAGUAACAAUGGCUUUGAUGAGUUGCUUAAGCUCAUUGGAUCAGUCUUGCCUGACAAUCAUAAACUGCCCCAAACCUACUAUGCUGUGAAAAAUAUGCUUAAAGGAUUGAAUUUGGGAUAUGAAAAGAUUGAUGCUUGUGAGAAUGAUUGUAUGUUAUUUUACAAGGAAAAUAGCGAGAAGACGCGUUGUGAUAUAUGCAAUGAAAGCCGAUACAAAGAACCAAAAGAUCUUAACAAAAAAAAGAUCUCACGGAAGGUCUUGCGUUAUUUUCCUCUCACCCCGAGACUACAACGUUUGUUCAUGGCUGGAAAGACUGCAAAAUGUAUGAGAUGGCAUCAUGAUAGAAACGUGGUUGAAGGUGAAUUAAGUCACCCGGCGGAUGGAGAUGAGUGGAAACAAUUUGAUCGUCGGUUUCCAAAAUUUUCAAAAGAGAUUCGAAAUGUGAGACUCGGCCUUUCCACUGAUGGAUUUGAUCCCUUUCGUGAUGCACAUGCGAGAGAUUACACCGUAUGGCCUGUGGUGGUUGUUGUUUACAACCUUCCCCCAUCUAUGUGCACGAAGGCUCCGUACAUGUUUAUGCCUCUUCUUAUUCCCGGGCCUAAGGAUCCGACAAAAGAUUUGCAUGUUUAUCUUAGACCAUUGAUUGAUGAAUUGAAAGAUUUAUGGCAGAAUGGGGUGGAAACCUAUGAUAGGUUCUCACGUUCCAACUUUUUGAUGAGGGCAGCAUUGAUGUGGACAAUUAGCGACUUUCCAGCACUUGCCAUGCUUAGCGGGUGGUCAACUAAGGGGAAGUUGUCAUGUCCAGUUUGCAUGGGAGAGGUAAAGGCCAAACAACUUAAGUAUGGUGGCAAAGUUACCUUUUAUGGCACUUCUAGAUAUUUUUUGGAACCGGAUGAUCCAUUAAGAAGAAGUACGAGGUUUGGAAGUGUUGAGACACGAUCAUGCACAUGUCGUCAUUCAGGAAUAAUUGCGAAGACCAUGUGCGAGCAAAUACAAUUUCCCCCUCCAGGAAAGUCAUCCAAGAGAAAAGCGAAGGACUAUGGCGUGACACAUAAUUGGACUCACUAUUCUCCAUUUUUUGAGCUCCCGUAUUGGGAGACCCUUAGUCUACGUCAUAACAUUGAUAUCAUGCACACGGAGAAAAAUGUUUUUGACAACAUAUUCUACACGAUUCUUGAUGAUAAGCAGAAGUCAAAAGAUAACUUAAAAUCGAGAUAUGAUUGUCAAGAAUUACGUGUACAUCGUGAGUUGUGGAUUCAAGAAGAUGGUGCCAAACCACACGCACCUUAUGUGAGGUUGGUAAUUUGGCUUUAA